UCUUCAACUUCAAAAACUUUUCCUAUUUUCACCAUCUUUUAUUUUCCCUACUUAACUACGUUCUCUACAGAUCCAACCACUUCCUCUGCCACCAAUUACUUCUUCUUGUCUGUUUUUGUUUCACUUUUGCUCCCAAACCAACUCUCUGUUAGAUCUCUCCCUCUGUUCUCUAUGCCAUUCCCCUCAGCUGGGACGGGUGUUCCGGAAUCAGAUUGUAACUGUGGGGUGAUAAUUUAUUCCUAAGUUGCGAGGUUUUUGAGGAUGGGUAAGUGCAAGGGUUGUGGGAAGGUAGGAAGAAUGGGACCAAGAAAUGGGUCUACGAGUGCUUAUGAAUUUUCUCUGAUGUUGUCUCCUGAUGUUUCUUUCUGGGAUUGUAUAUUCCGCAAAAUGAGGUACUCCUACAGACCUGAGUGGGUGUAGUGGUUUGAAGUUACCAGUCUUGAUACUUCAACUGAAUAAAGUAUUCUAGCAUAACUGUUUAGGGGAAGAGGGGGAACAUUGUAUGCAGAAAAUGCAUAAAACUCUGAAGAGACUCUCUUGAAGGAUAGGAGUUGACCAAAGUUAUUUUGAGUAUUUAUAAAUAUGAUGAGUUCUAUGGAUAACAUGGGAUUUAAUAAAGGGCAACAUGUGGGAAAGGCGAAAAAGAAGGCAGUGAAAGAUGAGUUGGAUCGUCUUAAACAGGCUGAAAAGAAAAAGAGGCGGUUGGAAAAAGCUCUAGCUACUUCUGCUGCCAUCAUUUCUGAACUGGAGAAAAAGAAGCAGAAGAAGAAAGAGGAGCAACAGAGACUUGAUGAAGAGGGCGCUGCAAUUGCUGAAGCGGUGGCUUUGCAAGUUUUACUUGGAGAAGAUUCAGAUGAUACCUGUAAGGUUGCUAUAAAUGAGAGUGGAUGCAAGACUUUGAAUUAUAAUCACGAACUUGAGCUCUUCAUGGGUGGACCAAGAGCUUGUUUUGCUGAUGUAGAUGGUGAUGGCACAUGGUCUGUUUCUUCUGAAAAUGGCAAGUGGUCUUUCACAUGCAGGCCUCUUGAGAAGAAUGUGUAUGAACCUCUGCAUGAAGAAGUGGGAUGGGGUUCUACUGGAUUCUCUGUUGAUUAUAUAGCAGCACAAGCUGUUAGAUCACUCCAGAUUGCAGAGGAUGCAAAUGAAGCAAGAAUUCUCUUCUAAUGGAAAUGCUAAAAUUGCAUUAUUUCUGUCAUUGUUGGUGCCGGGUGAAGUUUUAAACUUCUGUUACUUUCUGGAGGUUGUCUUUUGUACAUCAUCGUACCAUAUGUGCUUGUCAGCCACAUUCUGCUUCAGCUGUGUGUGACUGAACUUGUUGCUCUUCUGUCACUGUAUUUUCUUAUGAUUUUAGUUAACUGCGUGCAUAGCUGCUAAUUUUCCAUUAGGAUUGACUUCCAUAGUCUUGUCUUGCAGAUUUAUAUAAUUUUUUUUUAAUUUACUACAAA